UCUAUAUAUAUUUGUGCAUCGUGAUUUUCAAAAUUGUUUCUUUCCGACACCUACAUUUGACAUGUAUAAAAUUAUAAAAGAUUAGAAGAGGUAAACAAUGACGCAGGAAGUAAAGAGAACGAAGAAAAAGAGCACACAAAAGGAAAAUGUAAUUCAGGAAGAGAGCAAAACGGAAAAGACGGCCAAGCCUGCUGAAUUAAAAUAUGGGCCUCCUGUAUCUUUUCCAUAUCAAAGAGUAUGGUCCAGAUGCAUUCUGAUACUCGGAGUACUGUUGAUAGUUUGGUAUAACAGCAGACAGGCCAAGGAAGUGUCUUUAGCGAAGCAGAAAGACGUGCUGGUAAGUCGUGCACAGAAUGUUGACUGCUCCGUGGAUUAUAGAGACGAGUUAGAAAAAUUCCCUGGCUGUGUACCAGAGAGAUGUGGCAGAGUCGUUACCGAUAAACUUGUCUCGACAACAGAAGUAGAUGUUUUGCUGAAGCUAGUGAAAGGUGGAUUAGAAUUGGGCGGAUCCGAUGGCGGUGCAAGCAUUUUGGAUCUUCAUUCUGGAGCUCUCAGCAAGGGACAGGGCUUUAUCAAUAUCUACAAACAGCCGGUGGCAAAGAAGCUAUUUAAUAAUAUGGAUUUAGCAAUUUAUAGAGUAGUGAAAACGAAAAUACAACAUGCAGUAGCACAUAACUUUGGAGUGGAUAUAAAUACAAUCUAUCUAACCAAGCCUACUUUUUUCUCACGGAUGACCAAUAAACCUGCAAAAACUGUACAUGAUGAAUACUGGCAUCCACAUGUCGAUAAGGAGACAUACGAAUCGUUUCAUUAUACAUCGCUGUUGUAUUUAAAUGAUUAUGAGAAAGAUUUCGAAGGUGGUCGAUUUAUAUUUAUCGACAAAAACAAUGUCAAUACAACAAUAGAACCAAGAAAAGGCAGAGUCUCGAUUUUUACUUCAGGGAGUGAAAAUUUACAUCUAGUUGAGAAAGUGAAAUCUGGAACCCGGUAUGCCCUGACAAUCUCUUUCACGUGCGAUGAAAACGCUGCCAUAUCAGACUCGCAUUUCACCGAUGCAUUAAAUUAAAAUGUUUAUCUUAAUUAUAGAAUAUAUAUGUGUAUAUAUAUAUAUAUAUAUAUAUAAAAGUCUCAAUGAUUCCAUAAUUUACGCGAAGAAAAUGACUUAAAAGAAUCAUAAGUCAAUGUGAUUUACAUUUAUAAAUUUCGUUAGAUCAUUCAUACAUAAACGAACAGUAUUAAUAGUGUUAAAGAAAAAUUAUAUAAAUUUAUUUUCGAAAAUUUAUUUGAUUAAAUAAUCAGGGAAUUAGAGAAUGUAAACAUAAAUUGCAUAUAAAUUUGCAUUAUUAACUUGUACGUAUAAUAUAUACUUACAACUAGUAAGUGUACAUUUAUUUUCGAGAUGUUAAUACACAAUAUGUCGAAUCUGUUAAGUUAAUAAAAAAAUACAGACAGUAAA